ACAAACAACCUUUUGACCAAAGGCCCGAAAGAGAACACCUGGUUGGCAGUACUUAGUGACAAAUGCGUCAAGAUUAUGGUCAAGAUUAGAGUGUCAAAUCAUCCAAUUUAAUUGCAAAAAGGGUUGCAUGAACUCUUUGAGAAGUUACUCCUAUAGUGAACUAUGAUGAUUACCAAUAAUGUGAACUCAAAUAGGGUAGUGAAUUGGGUUUUAUUUGAUCAGACUAAACUUCAAAUUAGUCGUUUAUACUAGUUAGUCAUAGCUAUUAUUGAUUUGAUUUAGUGAACACACAAUUAAUUACAACUUGGACAACAAAAUUCCACCUAAACAUACGGUCAGUUGUUAUGUUAGAUAUUCUUCGAACUUUAUCCACAAGCUUAUCGAAAAUGAAAGUUCAGUGAUCCAUUUUGUUAUGGCUUUAAAGUUUGAAGACCAUUUGUGUAUUUAUGUAUGGUUGACCCAAUUUCUGUAUAAUGCCAGUCUCUCUCAACUUACUUUCUCUGUUUCUUUCUGGCUGUCAAAACCUUCUCUUUUGUCAGUUUUUGGGAAAAUAUUCUUUGGCUUCAACUUCAACAGUUUCUUCUCCACCAUUUUCCUUUCUUAAGGAUUUCUUCUGGUCUCUCUCUAUCUGUUGUUGGUCUGCCCCCCCGGCUGGAGCUUUUCUCCAAUUUCUGUAGGGGGACAUGUAGAGCUUUCGUUUCAGCUUCACACCGCCUCUGCAUUUUGCCUUGCGAAAAAUUUCCGUUUCUUUUCUCUCAUUUUCUCAUUAAUGCUGACAAAACGAGAGACUAAGUAAAACCCACUUCCCCAUUCUCCAUCCGUUUUGGGGUUUAUUGGUUUCAGACUGCACAGAAUAGAAAGUUCAGUUCUUUCUGUUCUUUGCUUCCAUUUUUGUCUCCUAGGACAGUUCCUUUGGUUUUUAGGGUUUUGGAGCUUUUCUAAGCUCUGGUAUUGAGCAAUUAUGGUGAGGAAGCAUGGAUGGCAAUUGCCAGCACACACGUUUCAGGUUGUUGCAAUCACGGUGUUUUGCCUGUUGGUAAUAGCAUUCUAUGCUUUCUUUGCUCCUUUCCUCGGAGGCAACUUUUGGGAGUACACUCUGGUUGGCAUAUACUCUCCUGUGGUGCUCCUGGUUUUUAUCCUUUAUGUUCGGUGUACUGCAAUCAACCCAGCAGAUCCCGGCAUCAUGUCUAAAUUCAACCCUCAUCAUAUAGCAGAUAACAGGAAUGCUAAGGAUAUACCCAGACGAUUUAAUGAAUCUGGGAGUGGAAUUCAUUCUUCCCCAUCUUCUAUGUCCAAAAGUUCUAUAGGUCCUGCCAACUCUAGCAGGCAAGGGUCAGUUGGAGAUGCCGGGAGAGUUGAAGAGGAACCCCAAACCCAACUAAAAUCAUGUUCUAUUUUCGGAGGAAUCUUAUGUGCUGUGUUUGUUCAUGAAGAUUGUCGCAAGCAGGAAAGGCUUGCCGAGCAACAAGGCUCUGUUGAAGAUGCGUUGUUCUGUACAUUGUGCAAUGCUGAGGUACGCAAAUUCAGUAAGCACUGCCGCAGUUGUGAUAAAUGUGUUGAUGGCUUUGACCACCAUUGCAGGUGGCUUAACAAUUGUGUGGGCCAUAAAAACUAUGUGACUUUCAUUUCCCUUAUGGCUACAAGUGUUGUAUGGCUUGUACUUGAAGUUGGAGUCGGGAUUGCUGUCAUGGUUCGUUGCUUUGCCCACAAGAAAAGCAUGGAUGCUGAAAUAGUCGAUACCCUUGGAAACGGAUUCUCUCGUGCCCCUUUCGCCACUGUGGUGGCUGUAUGUACUGCAAUUUCUAUUCUGGCCUGCAUACCCUUGGCUGAACUCUUCUUCUUCCACAUGAUAUUGAUUCGAAAGGGCAUUACAACGUAUGAGUAUGUUGUGGCAAUGAGAGAGGGACCUGCUGCGCAUUUUGAAGAGCAAUGGGCCAAUCUAGGCAACUCUCCAGCAGGAUCUGCUACAACAGGAUUCAGUGGUGGAAGUUCUCUUGGCCUGCAGUACAAGGGAGCAUGGUGUACCCCUCCCCGAGUAUUCGUUGACUAUCAGGAGGAAGUCAUACCUCACUUGGAUCCAGGAAUGGUCCCUUCGACAAUCGACCCUGAUGUGGCAGGAAAUGUAGACCAAGGAGGAAACAGGCAACCCAAAAGGCCCGUCCGAAUCAGUGCUUGGAAACUUGCGAAGUUGGACUCAAACGAGGCAAUGAAAGCAGCAGCAAAGGCAAGGGCAUCUUCUUCCGUUUUAAAGCCAGUCAAGAACCCUCCAUAUAUUGAAGGAGGUAGCUCUAGUGGCAACAUGAGCAUCAGAAGUAGCCUCAGUGCUGAAACGGAUCCAAACAAAGAGGCGACGAGGACCGAGCUGCGGUUACCCUCACAUGGUCAUUCUAUACCUCCUAGUCAAGGCAGUCAAGAUGAUUGUGAAACUGGGACUCACAGUGUCAGUAGCUUCAGCAGCCCAAGCCACAUCCAUGAGUCCGUCACCCUUAGCCCUAUGCCACAAGCUCAUGUUCCUAGCUUUCUUCCUAGUCGGCCCAUGACUUCCAAGAUGAUGAUUUCUACAUCUGGAUUUGAUGAGAAGAUCGCGCAGAGGGGAAGUAGUAGUACUGCUGAUCCUUUGCUUCUCGGAGCACCGAUAUCAUCAUCAACAUCUCUUCUUAGAGAUGUGAAGAGGACAUCUGUGGUAUGGGACCAAGAAGCCGGGAGGUAUGUAUCUGUUUCCGUGUCUUCGACUGAUGCACGAAGCAGACCAGCCCCUCAAAUUGGGGUGCCAACAUCAUUAUCCGAGGCAAAACCCGCAGCAGUUCAGCAAGGAGAGAAGCAGAUGUACACAGGAGGUGACUCCAUUUUCUUUGGCGGUCCACUAUUGACUGGUCCAACCAUUGGAGGAGAAGGCUUGAGAAAUGAAGGUUUGAGAGACAACCACCACCAGCAGAGGCUAGCAUUGAACUUCCCACGUGAGUCGAGGUUCAGAAGAGAUGCAGUGUCGAAUCAGCUUCCUGUUUUCAACCCGGCAGGAUCAUCUGACCACCACCACAAACCUUCAUCGUAAGGUGACGCCAUUUUCAUCUGUAUAGUCCAUAGAACAAACAGCAGAAUGCAGGCUAAACCCUGCGGCACCCUUUCCUUCUAGUGAUAGAUCCUGCCGCUCAUUAGCAGCAGGAAGCUCAUUUCAUUCGAGGUUUAACCAGUUUUUUGAUUGGAGGAUGGAGGAAGAGGACAUGAUUGGUUGCCUAGUAUUGUCGACGAAUGAGAAAGGUGUCUGGAGAUCGAAUAACGAGCGAGAAAAUCGGUCUUCGUCUCGGGGUCUCAUCCAAUCCUGGCCUGACCAAAAGGGUGUGUUCUUGUUUUGUCGAUGAGACUGUACAUUUGAUUCUCUCACUACCAUGAUAUUAUUCUUACUGAUUCUCCCCUUCAUGUUGUGUCUUGUGUGUGUAUCUUCUCUCCAAGAUCACCUUUUUCUAUUGGAUGUGGCUUAACAUAUUUUAUAUGAACUUAAUACUGACUUUUGUCAUUUUUAUCAAUUGGUUUUGUGGUGUAGUUGGUUAUCACGUCAGUCUAACACACUGAAGGUCUCCGGUUCGAACCUGGGCGAAGCCAUUUUUGUUGUCCCCAUUUGGUGUAGUGGACCAAUGGUCCUAUCAAAAUCAUUAUUUUUCUUGCUUCUUUUAACCUUCUUUUCCCAGUUAACUGUAUGAGUUUCAUCUAUAGCUACAAUCAUUUGUUAAGUUGCCAAAACUAGGGGAUAAGGCUGAGUCAUUGGUCAACUGUGGUUACUGGUCAAUUGCCAAUUCAUCAUGAGGAAAUAGUGUAUGGUACAGAUUCAUUCCUUCUUCCCUUUCAAUAUUUUAGCAGAAUAAAACUUGUAGUUUUCCCCUAGAAUGUGUCGACCUAAUGUCCUCUUACAUAAAUCAGAUUGAUUUUACUAUAACUAAUCUCUUAACAUAUAAUCAUUUCGAUAUUAACUCAAUAAACAAUCUUAAAUCUC